CUCCAAAUUAAACAAACCAACCCAAUCCAAUCAGAGGAAAUAAAACGUAGCUUCUUCCCCUAAUUACUUCUCCUUUGAACUAAUCUUGCAUCCAUCCAUUAAUGGAAGAUGUCCAAGUCCCUCCAUAUUUUCUUUGCCCCAUCUCUCUCGAGAUCAUGAAAGACCCGGUGACGAUCUCCACCGGCAUCACCUACGACCGGCAAAGCAUCGAGAGAUGGAUGCUUUCCACCAAGAAAACCACCACAUGUCCGGUCACACAACAACCCCUCCCCCACGACGACCUGGUCAUCAUCCCCAACGUCACCCUCGGGCGGCUCAUACGGUCGUGGUGCGCAAUCAACGCCCCUCGGGGCGUCGAGCGGGUCCCCACUCCGAAGCCGCCCGCGAGUGCGUCCCAGAUCUCGAGGCUCCUUCGGGAAGCCUCGUCGACGCGGGAAAUGCAAGCCAAAUGUGUUCAAGACCUGAGGCGCAUGGCCUCACAGUGCGAGACGAAUAAGCGUCUCAUGGAGAGCGCCGGCGGGCCGGAAUUCUUGGCGGCGGUCGUGAAAUCGAACGCCCGGGACGGGACCUCAUCAGAUGAUCCUGCGUGUCACGCCCUUUGCUUGCUAAAAGAACUACGGUUAUCCGAGGCGGGACUAAAGUCGAUCCUAGGGCGUGACACGCAGUUCGUCGACGCUUUAAUCCGCGCCAUGCAACGUGGGAGCUACGAAUCCCGAGCCAACGCCGUUAAGCUUCUAGAAUCAAUGCUAGAAUUUGCGGAUCCGUUGCAAAUCACGAGCUUAAACCUCUCGUUUUUCCGCGAAUUAGUACUCGUUCUGAGGGAGGACUCUUCCUCGAAAUCGGCACUGCGCGUACUCGCGAGCGUUUGCCGCAAAGGGAGAAAUAGAAUCAAGGCGGCCGAGGCUGGAGCCGUGGCCGCGUUGAUCGACCUACUCCUCGACUCGACCGAGAAACGAAGUUGCGAGUCGGCUCUAGUUGUACUUGACCAGCUCUGCCAGUGCCCCGAAGGACGGGCAGAGCUGCUCAAGCACGCGGCCGGGUUGGCUGUCGUGUCGAAGAAAAUCUUGAGGGUUUCGGAGGCGGCGACGGAGAGAGGCGUGAGGAUCUUGCAUUCCGUCUCCAGGUUUUCGGCUAGUCGGAGUGUUGCACAAGAGAUGUUGCAAAUGGGAGUGGGGGCAAAGCUGUGUAUGGUUAUUCAAGUAGAAUGUGGGAGCAAGACUAGGGAGAGAGCUGCUGAGAUCCUCAAGUUGCAUGCUAAGGAUUGGAAGAAUUCUCAUCAAUGUAUACCUUUGUUGAGUUUAAUUUACCCUACCCAUGGGAGUUAGAUAUAAACACACUUCAUUAAUGACCACUUUUUUGUUACUCUCAUAAAAUUUCUUACUCACUCCGUUCUAUUUUAUAACGCAUGUUUUGGUUUACGAUGUUUGACUGAAAUUAUUUUCAAAUCAUUUUAUAUGACAAAUGGUAUAUAGUUAAAAAAUAAAAAUUACAUAUUAAAAUACUACAUCAAAAGAUCUACAAAACUAGUAGUGACACUAGUACUUUAUUUUAUCAAAUUGCUAACGAAAAUUGAGAAAGAAAGUGAAUGAAGUUUGACCCUGUGA